AUGCUCCUCUUUCCACGCCGCCAACUGCUUGAAAUCGGAGACCAACCAUGGUGCCCUCCUUGGAUCAUCGCUUACAUCCAAUCAUGCCUCACUAGCGUAUGGAACUUGCACAUCCCACCCUUCAGCAAGACCUCUCCCGCCGGCGUCGCCGCGAAUGUCAUUCUUGAAAACCUGCCAGGUACUUCGUCCUAUACGUUUAUAGAUCUGUGCGCCGGCGCUGGAGGGCCAUCUUCGACGAUUGAGUCGAUACUUAACUCAAGAACUCAAGCACAAGGAUACCCGCGUGCUCGACUUGUCCUCACCGAUCUGCAUCCCAAUUUGAGCCAGUGGAAGGCUAUCGCCAAGAGGCAGGAAAAUGUUGACUACGUCGCGGGACCUCUAGAUGCGACUAAAUGUGGGCGAGUGGCUUCACCCGAGGAUAAGGAAUGUCGAAUGCUGAACCUAUGUUUUCACCAUUUCGACGAUAAAGCUGCUGCGAGCGUUCUGCGCAGUGCAGUCGAGUCUGCGGACUCGUUUAUAAUCAUCGAGUUUGCUCAACGGAAUUUCACCUCCCUUUUGAAUAUCCUGGCGGUGACCGUCCUGCCCUUCAUUCAUACGAUUUUCCAGUAUUGGAACUCUCCUUUGCACCUGUUCUUUACAUAUUUUGUUCCGCUGCAUUCAUUUGUCAUGGGUUUCGACGGCCUGGUUUCUACGAUUCGGUGUCGCACACCGGAGGAGAUUGAUACUCUUCUGCGCCAGCCGGGUCUGGAUCUCCACGGCUGGGAAUUCCGGUCGGGGAAUCGCAUGAUGAUCAUGCCGUUUUUGCAUAUGUAUUGGUAUAUGGGGAUUAAAAGGUCCGAUCGAUAG